UAUAAAUCCACCACUCACGUUCUGUUACUCGUUACAGUCAACUUGUCGACCUUCACACCAACAACAAUUUAACAAAUUUCUCUCUCCGCACUUGAUCGAGUAAAGCACAAUCUCUCGCAUAAAAAAAAUCUGCGAGAGACGUAAGGCGAUAUUGACGCAGCAGAAGGGGGAUUAAAUCAAGUGAAACAUGAAGACAACGGUCGCUGAUCCAUGGUCGAGUGUCGAUUCAUGUGGGAAUAGCGAGGAGGUGGUGGUUAACAACGUCAAUAAACGACCUGACGACGAUUGCUUUGAGGAUUCCUUUGUCCUGCAAUCCUUUCGCGAGGAACUAGAAAAGUUGCCUGACUCCGAAGAAUACUUAGCCCGGCUUCAGUCCCGACUGGAAGCUCUCAAAGGAGGGACAUCAAAGCGUGAUCUUAUUAACUCCCUGUCCAUUGCAAAAGAGGAGUGCAUUGCAAGAUUGAUAACAGGUGGACAUAAUCUUGAGAUUUCUGAAGAACAAGAACUUGCAGCAAAUCCAGUCAUUAGGCAUAUUGCGCCACACUUGCAAGCUCUCACAGCAAACGAAUUGGUACAUUUGCUGAAAGCUGAUGUGCUCCAAGCUGUGGUAGACGAGCAGAAUAAAGAUUCAGAAAGUCAAGACUCCGAAAGCAAAUUGUCAGACAAUCUGUUGGACAUUCAAAUACAAGAUAGCAAAGAAAAUUAAUUAGUCAAUAAUGGCUAGCAAACCAUUUUCUGGUAAAGUUUAUUUUUUAAUUACUGGGGCCAGUCAAGGUAUUGGCAAAAAAAUUGCUGAAGUACUUGGUUCGUCUUUAGACAAUGGUUCCCAAGUUUUGUUGUU